AUGGAGAUCUACGACUUCGUGCCAGACGAGCAUAAGUGGGAUGAAAGAAUUGUGGGAGGACACCUUGAGAGCAUCGCAAGUCAUCCAUGGCUAGUAUCUGUGCAAUACCGCACCGUUGCGAAUGGUGAAAGGAAGCAUUUUUGUGGAGGAACUCUGGUUGACAUCCGCCACGUAGUCACGUCUGCCCUGUGCUGCGUAGACCAUGCAAUCGGCAGCAUCCAGAUUAGAGCAGGGAGCGAAUUUUCAGAGGAAGGAGGAACUGUUGGCUCCGUCUCCCAGAUGACAAUACACCCGAAUUUCGACGAAAUAACACGCGAAAACGACAUCUGCCUCCUGACGUUGUCCCAAGCCCUGACGAUCGGCCCGACCAUUGCACCAGUCGAUCUCCCCAUACAAGGCCAGGAAUAUUCAGAGGGGACGGAAGUGCAAGUCAGCGGAUGGGGAUGGCUGUCUUUUAGUGGACCUUCUCCGGACGAGUUUUACGUCGUGGACGUCCAAACCUACAAUGACCGUGAUUGCCCUGGAAUGCUCGGCUGCAGCGGCUGCAUCACGGCUGAUAUGAUCUGCGCCGGUGUGGACGGCGAGCCAGCGGGAGGCGCCUGCAAGGGUGACGGUGGAGGCCCCUUGACAUCUGCCACUGGACAACUUGUAGGGAUUUAUUCGUGGGGAAUCGACUGUGGUGAACCAGGACACCCCCAAGUUUAUACACAGGUCUCUCACUACGUCAACUGGCUCAUUAAUGAAAUCGAGAGCAACCUCUGUGCUGCUUCGCAUGUGUAAAGCAUUCGUG